CGGCAGAGGAAGAAGAGAGAGGCAUCGGUGGCGGAUGACGGGCGAUGACGAGCAUACUUGGGUGUCGAAUCCGUAUCUGAGUUUGUCGCAAAUCAAGGUAGAUGGAGGGAGAGAGCGUCGAGAGGAGGGGAGACAGUCGAGGGAGGAAGGGCAGUGCAGUGGCAGGGCAACGACGAUUGGAGAAGGCAGGGUGGGUCGGGAUCUCGUCGUCAACUGCCGAGGAUGAGGAAGGCAAGCCGGAGACUAUCGAGGAACAUGCAAGGGGAAGCGGAGACGACAACGAUGUGGAUGGAUCUGCUUACGCUAACUCCUUCCGCUGCAACGAGCCGGCGACCUCUUUCGACAAGGAAGGAGUGGGAGAAGUCAGGUGGGGGCGAUUGAGGCGGAGAGGUUGACGGCGAGUGGCGAUUGAGGAUGGUGGUGGCUGGCGAGGAGCCAUCGGUAGAGCGCGGAGAUUAGGAAAGAGUAGAGAGCAGCAAUUGGGAAAGGGUAGAGAGGUCAAUGGCGAGUGGCAAUAGAGGAUGGUAAUGGAU